AUGGCUCUUCUGGAGCAUUUGAAGGUCGACCCCGGCAGUAUUCGCUUCCAGUUCGACGUGGGUCAGGAGCUUCGCAGUACCCUUCGCUUCACCAACUUCAGCGACCAAACGCUGGUCAUUAGACUCACCCCGGGCACUGCUCGCGCGUACACCAUCGUGGAUGGCGGCAUGCUGCUGCUCCCGCCCAACAGCCUGGAAGAGAAGUCAGUGCUGUGUGCAGCGUUUGACAAGAAGCCGUUCUGGUUCCCUGCAGACUUCUUCACUCUCGAAUGCUUCCUUGCUAACUCCAUUCAAGAGGUGGAGCUAGGUCGCGAUGUGGUGCCCAUAGGCCGUCGCCAGCUGCAAGUGGCCUUCAACGAACGGCCAGGAGGCAACUCUAUGCCUGCACUUUUCAGUAGCUCGCAGUCGGGUCACAUGCGUGCCUUGGGUCUGCCUGGCGCCUUCUCUGCUGAUGAUCGCGCACAGGCGGAGGUAUACGAGGCGAUGAAGCAGACGCUGAAGGAGAGCCAGGAGAAGCUCAUGGAGCGUGACGACACGAUCCGUGCACUCAGGGAGGUGCUGGCAGCGCUGGGGCCGAAGCUGAAAGCACGGGAGGACGAGCUGGAGGAGUAUGAGGUGCAUGUGUGCGAGCUCAAGCAGCGGCUGCUCAUGGCUGAGAAAAAGGUGAACGAGCUACAAACCGCUCUGGCUAUGACGCCCGAUAGAAUGAAGGCGGCACUGGAGGAAGCGAGGGAGAGGGAGGCGUCGUUGGAGGGCAAGUGCCGCAUGCUGGAGGGCGAGUGCGAGCGCAGCCGCACUGCCAUCCUCGCUGCCCAGCAGCAGGCCGACUCCCUCACUCGCACCCUGAGAGUGAUGGAGAUUGAGAAGCUUAAGGCAGACAGGGAGCGCUCCCAACAGCACGGCAUGAGUGUGUCCCCUGCAACCCACCCUUCCACUCUUCUCCCUCUCCUCGUUCCCCCCUUCCCCCCCGAACCCCUCCCCUCAAACCACCCCAACCCCUGUCGACACACGCACGCUUCUCCACCCCUCUCUUCCCCUUUGGCAGGUGUGCAGUGUGAGGGAAGGAGGGCGGAGAAGGUGGAGUUGGAGCACGAGAUAGCUCGUCUCAAGGACGCCCGUGUGAGGGCGGAGAAGGUGGAGUUGGAGCACGAGAUAGCUCGUCUCAAGGACGCCCCUGUGCGUGCGGAGAAGGUGGAGUUGGAGCACGAGAUAGCUCGUCUCAAGGACGCCCUCAAAGCAGCAGGCGGCCACCUCUCCUCCCCAGACAGGCCCGAACCCCCCCGCCGCCGCCUCUCCUCCCAGGUGCGUCCGAACCUCUCCUUCCCAACCCCCAUUCCCCCCUCUCCGUUUCCACCCCACCCCCCUUCCCCCUCUUCCCCCCCCACCCCCACCCCCCCCUCCCCCCCCCCGCCUGUCCUUUCCCAUCUGAGAAGCACAUGCAUUGCAUUUUGCUGUUGUGAUGUUCUCAUUCUCGUGCCCCAUUGCACUCUCCAAAUUCUAUCGUUGCCACACUUCCCCCUUUCAUUCCCCCUCCCACACUCCCCAACUCCUCUGACUGAUGAUCUGUUUCCGCAUUGUCACCUCCCUUUGCCUCCCUUCCCCCUCGCCCCUUCCAUCCCUUGGCCGCCCCCCUCCCGUCUCCCCUCCUCCCAUCCCUUCCCCAAAUCCCCCCUCCCAUUUCUUGACCACUCUCCGCCUCUCCAGCUCUCCCCCCACGUCCCUAGCCGCCCCAGCUUUCCCUCAUCUGCGUCUCUCUCAUCAGCAGACACACCCGACAGGGAGGGUCGUAAGUCCUUCACACGCUCCUCUAGCCGCAGCAGCCAGGAUCUAGAGGGCCGGGAGGGGCUGGGGAGUGUGGACGAGUCGAGCCAAGGCGACCGGGAUGAGAUGUUUGAGACGCGAUCAGUGGAGAGUGUGGAGGAGGGGAGUGAGAGGGGAGGGGGGAGGAGAGGGGAGCGGGGACUGGAGGAGAUGGUGGGAGCGGACGGGGAGAUUGCGGAAGGCGGUGCAAGCAGCAAAGAGCUAUUGGCGUUGUUGGAGGGCGAGCGUGCGAGGGCAGCAGCAGGGGAGCGGCGGCUGAGGCAGUUGCAGGAGGAGAUGAGCCAGCUACAGACAGACCUGGUCCGAUGGCAGCAGGCGGCGAGGGAGGGCGAGGAGGGGCGGCAGCAGGCGGUGGCAUGGCAGCAGCGGUGCACAAUGGUGCAGGAGGAGCUGCAGCAGCGCCGCAGCGAGGCAGGUUUCCUCAGGGGCGAGGUCUCCCGCCUGCGCACGCUGCUGCAGGUGGGUUGGAAGGGUCCGUUUUGGGGCGGAGACGGUGGCGAAUGGAGAGAGGGGGAUUUGGAAAAAGGAGCAGGCGUAGGAGGGGGUGUAGGAGCAGGGGUAGGAGGUUCAGGGAGACGUGAGCAUGAAGGGGUGGGAGAGGCAGACAGGGAGCGAGGGGAGGGGGUUGGGAGGGAGGAUAGGGCAGUGUCUGGUGCAGGAAGCGUGGAGGGUGGGAGGGCAGAACGGGAUGGACAUGCUGGCGGUUUUAGGAAUGGAGGCGAGGCAACGGCAGCAGCAGCAGGAGGAGCAGUAGCAGCAGGAGGGGUGUGUGAGAGGUGUGGGAGGGGGAAUAACGUGGGGAUUGGACCGUCCAGGAGCCAUGAUGCAGAGGAGGCUGCUAUGCUGAGAUUCGAGGCGGCGCGGCUGAUGGAGUCGAUGGCAGCAAUGGAGGCGGAGAGGCAGCAGCUGCGCAUAGCGGUUCGCGACCGGGACGAGGUGGUCAGGCGCGUUGAGAGGGACGCGCAGGAGCUCCGAUACGCCAACGAGGAGGCGACCACACAGCUGGCAACGUAUCGCCAGCUCAUUGACAGCCUCUCCUCCUCCUCGCCGUCUCGCUCCCACCAGCACGUGGAUGUCGAGAGGGAGCGGGCGCAGCAGCGCAUUCUGCAGCAGCGGGUGGAGCAGCUAGCGCAGCAGGUGCAGGCAGGGAGGCAGGACAUGGAGGGGCUCAGGCAGGCGCUCAAGGCGGCCAGGGAGGAUGUGGCUGAGAAGGACGUGCGCAUCCGGGAGCUCGUGAAGCAGCUGCAGCACUGUGAGAUGAGCGCAGCAUCCCAGCAGCAGAAGCUGCAGCAGGCCGUGAGGGCGGCGAGAGAGGAGGUGGAGGAGAAGGAGGAUGAGAUACAAGUGUUGGUGGAUAAAGUCAGAAGCAUGGAGCCUCAGGAGGGAGGCGAGGAGCAGGGGCGGGCACAGCAGCAGCAGCAGCAGCAGCAGCAGCAGGCAGAGCAGGAGUGCCACUCAUUGCGGCAAGAGAACGAGGCCUUACGGAACGAGAUCGAGGGCCUCAGGCAGGAGAUUGGGCAGCUAAGGGAGGAGAUUGAGGGGUUGAAGGAGGAGGCACAGAGGGUUGGGCAGGAGGGGGAGGAGUUGAGGCAGGCGGUGCAGGGGGCGAGGGAGGAGGUGGGGGAGAAGGAGGAGCGGAUCCGUGCGCUGCAGGACAGACUGGAGCGGAUUGAGAUGCAGGAGGAGGAGUCGGGUCUACAGGACAUGCUGGCAGCGCUGCAGGCAUCGGUGCGGGACAAGGAGGAGACGUUGCGGUCGCUCAAGACGGCGCUUGCUCUUUCAGACGCUCGCGCCAAGGAUGCAGGAUCGCAGCUAGAGCCUCUCAAGCUAGAGCUGCAGCAGCUACGCCUGCAAAUGGACGAGCAGCAGGCAGCACGGGAAGAAGAGUUUCGGCUCGUGGCAGCAAGAAUGGGGGAGCGCAAUAAGGCUCAAGAGGCAGAGCUGCAGCAGUCAACAGCCGCCAUGGAGGCCCUGAAGGCGGGUCAUGAGAGAGAGAUGGAGCAGAUCAAGAGAGCAAUGGCAGCAGCCAGGGCAGCACACGAAGCAGAGCUUCAGCAACUCAAAGACAACACGGCAGCAGCAGCAGCAUCCCAAGCCGCGGAUCUGCAACAGCUCAAAGACCAGCUGGAGGCAAUGAAGGCGAGCCAUGAGAGGGACAUGGAGCAUGCCAAGGCAACCAUGGGGGCGGCAGAGCCGGCAGUGGCAAGCAGUGCAGGGCAGAGCAGUGAGGAGGUGGAAGCAUUGCAGAGGAGAGUGGCAGAGCUGGAGGCUACAGUGGAUGGGAAGUCUCAUAAGCUGGCCAUGGCAUCGGAGUCAUCAGAGGGGGAUAUGCAAUCCGUGCUGGCACAGCUGGAAAGCUGCAAGGAGCAGGAGAGGAAGCACAAGGAGCACGCGCAGCAGCUACAGGAAACCCUAAAAACCUACGAGCUGUCCCAGCUGCGCGCGCAAGAGCUACAAUCCGCAAACGACGAGCUGAGGGACCAAUCAGAGCGGCUUUUAGCUGAGAUUCGGAGCUUAGAGAUGGUGGUGGCAGGGGUUGAGUCGUUUGAUCCGAGGCGGCCGAACCACCGGGUGCGGCUGCUGCGGCACCCGUCGUUUAUGUGCUCGGUGUGUCGGGGGAGUGGGAGCGGGAUUGCAUGGCGGUGUCUGGGUAGGGAAGCGCUCGUAGCAAAGGAUGCAACUAAAGCACUCCUCAAGUUCGAGAUGGUGGACUUGCUGCUCCGCCAGGUGGCUGAGCAUCUGGGGCGUUCUGGCCCUUGGCGCCAACGGUUCAUGUCGCUCCAGGAAGUGUUCACAGCCACGAACCUGGAGCUCCAAGGGAUUCACCAAGUCCGAUGGCUCUCCAGGGGUGACGCCAUUCUGCGCGCGGUAGAGGUCUUCCCCGCGCUCAUCGUUAUGCUGUAUGAGUGGGACAGUACACUGCACGAGCUCGCCUCCAGCUACAGAUUUCACUUCCUGUUGUACUUCCUUGCAGACGUGCUCGAGCAGCUCAACGUGUUUAACAGGGCAUUCCAGCAGCGAGAGUCCCGCUAUGUUGACUGUGGUGGCGACUUCGGAGGCGGAAUGAGCGCGUGCCUCUCCCCGUUCAUCAAGAAGCACGGGCUUGAGGGGGGCCGCCCCGAGGUGAAGGUGCAGGGAGUGGACUCGGACGGUCGGCCGACUACACACACCUUCCAGCUGCACGAGAACCCAAGCGAAGGUUACCCAACCCUCGGCACUCACGACGCCUGCGUCAAUCUCUGCACCACGUUCGCCGAGACGCUCGUGCGAAACCUCAGCAAGCGGUGGGAGUGA